UAAUGUAACUAUUGAGUAUAGGAACAACAGAACCAGUGAGCCAUUCUUACCAGGAGGAGGAGGAGGAGGAAGACAAUGAGGAUCAAGUUAUGUUGCUACAGGAGAAAUUUGAAAAUAUUCAAAAGCAACUGGAGGAAGAAAAGGAACUCCAUAAAAAAGAGAAACAAUUUCAUGAACAAGUUACACAGAAAUAUAAAGAAGAAAUACUUCAACUGAAGGAGGACCUCAUUCAAAAAGAAAAGAGACUAACAACACUUACUGAACAAGAGGAGGAAGUUACUGGAGACUUGAAACACAAGACAGAGCAAUAUGAAGAAUUAAGAUCAGACAAUGAACUUACUCAUAAACAACUGGAGGAACUUCAAGAAAAGUUAAAGGAAGAAAUAAAAACGUCCUCCAGUUUAAUGAAACAGAAUCAAGUUGCUCUAAGAGAGAAAGAGGAAUUACAAAGAAAGAUUGAUGAUCUUCAACAAGAAUUAGAACUACAGCAAGCCAAAGAUUACAAGGAAGUAUCAGGUACAGGUUUACAUGAAUUACCUACUGGACAAUAUACAAUGAAUAAUGAUGAAGAAUAUGAUAUUAAUGUAAAAGAUUCAAAUGAUAAAGUUGAGACUCAAAUUGAAACUGAAAACAAAGAAAUACAAACAACAAAAAUAACUCUUGACAAAGAAAUUCAGUUCAACUAUCUUGUACCAUCACAAGGUUAGUCACUGUACUAUUAUAGUACAUGGUCAAAUUUUGCCAAAAUUGAAAAAUAGAGAAUUCUCUAUUUUUAUAAU